AUGGCUGCAAUGAAGUUGAUGAAGUAUUCAAGCACAACAUUGGGUUGGCCUCAAAGCCACGGCGUUUCAUGGCUCAUGCCAUACUCCCCCUUUCCCCCCUUCGUGAACCCCAUGCAGCAAUUGUCUUUUUCAUUUCCCUCAGCUCCGACGGCUUUGCAGUUCCGAUAUCAUUUUUCGACGGACGAGAUGCAGGAGCCUGAGCCUCACAUGGCUGUGCCAGCACUUACAGGGGAUGCGGUUGUCCCAGGUAGUAAGAGUGGGAAAGCCGACACGAAUGAGCGCAGUGUAGGAGUAAUUCUUGACAGCGCGGGCUAUCUGCGUGGAUGGAGACUUCAUCUUGUCUCUCUGAUUACUUGUCUAUGUCUUUUCCUUGUCAACAGUGAAGUAACCGUCGUCGGUACCGCGCUGGUCUCACUCGUCAAAGACCUAAAUGGCAUCGAGCAAAUGGGAUGGGUAGUCACCGGCUACCUCAUCACCUACACUAGUACUCCAUCAAACUCCCCUGCAGUCCAACAGAUGCUAACACGUUCCCCAGGUAUGAUCAUUAUCUGGGCGAAGCUGAGUGACAUCUUUGGCCGCAAGUAUACAGCCAUUGCUACCGUGCUCAUCUUCACCGCCUUCUCCGGAGCUUGUGGUGCCGCGCAGACUAUGAACCAGAUGAUUAUUAGUCGUGUGUUCCAGGGUAUCGGUGCGGCGGGGUGCUGGUCUGUCGCGUUAACAAUUGGAUACGAAAUGGUUCCCAAACACCAGCAUCCCAUCCAAGGUGCACAGUUCAUGACUGCGGGGGCGCUGGGCUCGCUCGCUGGGCCUUUGAUCGGAGGCGGUACGAGUCAGAAUGGGCAAUGGAGAUGGGCGUUUUUGUUCUGUGUUCCUCUAGGGGCUGUCACGAUUUUGCUGCUCCUGAUCGUUUUGCCGGCCUCCUUUCCGCAUCAGGGGGAUUCCCAUUAUGAACAUCCCACUUGGCGAGACCGCAUUGCGAAGCGUUCGCUCGCUCGUUUGGACGUUGCCGGUGCAUUUUUGCUUCUGGGCGCGACGAUGCUUAUUGUUGCCGUGUUGCUUGAGGGCGGGCUGUCGAUGGCUUGGGACAGCGGUCCUGCAAUCGCACUGUUUAUCGUGUCCGGGCUGAUGUGGAUUGCUUUUCUGGGAAACGAGUGGUUCUUCACAAAACAUCAGAGGACACUGGAGCCCAUCUUUCCGUGGCGGUUUAUCCAUAACAAGGCCUGGAUGGGAGUGUUGCUUUUCUCCUUCCUCUCAGGUAUACCCUACAACAUCCUCAUCAUCAACGUCCCGCAACGCUACCAAGACGUCACCGGGACUUCACCCCUGACAGCCGCAAUACGCCUUAUCCCUUUCAACAUCAUGAUCUCAUUCACCGGCUUCAUAGUAAACGGCUUCAUCGCCAAGCGAGGCGUCGCCUGCAUCUGGAUCCUCCUCGUCGGUUCCCUCCUCCAAGUCAGCGGCCUAGCCUGGUUCUGCGUCCUCCCAGAAGACGGCACAAUCCCCACAACCAUGUACGGCGCCCAAAUCCUCACCGGUCUCGGUAUCGGCGCCGUCAUGGGAAUCACGCUUCUCAUGCCGCCUCUUGUUGUUGAGAAACGCGAUACCGCCAUUUCUAGCGGCGCACUCCUCCAAUUCCGCGCCCUAGGCGGCGUCCUAGGUCUCUCCAUCACAACCACCGCAUUCAACAACUACCUAAAAACCCACCUCUUGCGCUUCGCCCCGCUCUCUACAUCGGACUUGCUCAAGGCCGUGCAGGCCGCACACAGUUUCCCCCCGGAUGUGCAGCGCGAGAUUGUGCUUGCCCUGGCGCAGGCGUAUAAUCUCCAAAUGAAGAUAUUGAUUGGGUUUUCUGCGCUCCAGGUUGGUGUGCUGGUUAUGGUGUGGCGUCCUGGUAACCAGAUUCGUGUUAUGGGGGUGCAGGAGGAGCAGGAUAGCGUGGAGGAGGAGGAGGGGGAGGGGGGGCUCGAGUUGGAGAGGUGGGAGUCUGGGAGUGGGAAGUCGAGUGGGGUUGAUGAGGGUUUGGAGAGGUAG